AGAAUUUCAAACCCAUCGUUUCUAUAGAGAGCUGCAUCACACACAGUUUGGAAAAAAGAAAUAUUACAGAGAGAGAGAGAGAGAGAGAGAGAGAGAGCGAGGUAAAAAGCAAACUAAAAGAAAAUUAAAAGAAAAAGAUCGGGAAAUGGGUUGGUCGGAAUCAGGAGAAAGAUGCAUGAAGCACCCAAAUACGAAUCAAACACCGGGAGUUUGUUCAUCUUGUCUGAGAGAGAGACUUUCUCAGCUCAAUGUUUCUAACAACAUGAAAACGGCCAUGGGAGCUUAUUAUUACAAUAAUACUUCUUUGUCAGAGUCUCCUUCUUUAUCAUCUUCUACCUACGAUGAAAUAUCAUCGGCUUCUUCUCGACGGCGGCGUCAUCAUCAUCGGAAUGUUUCGGAAGCGAUGGGUUCGAUCUCUUUCAUGCUUAACGUCGGAAGUGGGUUGAAGAAGAGCAGGUCCAUAGCUUUUGUGACAAAAGCUCAUGAUUUUGGAGAUGUUAAAAGUGGGAAAAAGAAACCUGGGUUUUGGUCUAAAUUGCUUCGGACUAAAGAAAAGAGGAACAAAGAUCAGGUUUUUAUGCAUUCCAACACUGUAAGAGAAAGUUUAUAUUAGGAUAAUAAAGAAGAAGAAGAAGAAGAAGAAGGGACUGGAAUGGAAUUAUAGAAAAGCAGACCGUAUAUUUUUGGGAUACUGGAAAAGAAAUAUGAACGUUUCUGAUCUGCCUGAAACAGUACAGUUUUUGGUUUGGUUUCUUAAACUCCGGCGAAAAGGUUAAAUUUGUAAUUUCAACAAGCCUAACAUGUUAAAAUUAUUUUUUUCUGAACGAAGUCAUCGAGUCAAGUUAGACAUGAUUUUAUUAUUUAAUAAUAAUAUAUAUUAUAGUUGGCUUUCAUGUAAGGAAGUUGCUGAAUUCCUACGACAAAUUUGCGUAAUUUGGUAGAAAUGUUGGAAUUGGAAUAUUGACUCUGAAGAGUCGUGUUAUCCUUGGUAAUAUGUAUCAUAUUGAAUGUGUUUCAUGUCGGUAUAUGCGAUUAUACUCUCUUUUGUUUAGAUUUUUUGUUGGAUAUCCAUCUUGUAGCUUCCUUUGGUGGAGUUUAAUUUCAAUGCCAUCUCUAAUCAAAUUUACAUGCC